CAAUCUUUACAGUCUGAGGCAGAGAAAUAACUGGAGCUAUGCCCUGUCCUCCUCUCUUCCUCUCCAUGCAUUGUCCAUCUCUCCCUACAAAUACCAGCUGAACCUGACAUCCAAGCAAGUGGCGUCUGCACAUCCCUAGAUAAAGAUGCCUGCUCAAUGAACUCUGGAGCCUUUAGGAGAAAUCUUCAUGAUGGUUUGGAUUGCAUGGAGAAGAAAAGGAAAGUGAACAACUCAAAAAAGUGGAGACAUCACCAGUAGAUUGUGGCUGCACCUUGGGUAUUGAUGCAGACAGACUGCAACAGUGGCAAGAUGGGGCACCUCCAGCAAGGCGAGGUCUAUUCAUCGGAAUCAGCCAAAAGAGUGAGAAAAUGACUGUGAAAUGGAUUUGGACAUAAAAGACUUUAACAGAACUGUUAUGAAAGAAGAAAACAGCACCUUUGAAACAUCAGCCACCGAUUUUCCAGCUUGGGAGGAUUACAACAGCAGUGUGGACGACAUUCGAUACUUUCUAAUUGGGCUGUAUACAUUUGUAAGCCUGCUUGGAUUUAUGGGAAAUCUCCUAAUUCUUCUGGCUAUUUUCAAAAAGCGCAAGCAGAAAACUAUAAUUAACUACCUGAUUGGAAACUUGGCUUUUUCAGAUAUUUUAGUUGUGCUGUUCUGCUCACCAUUUACCCUGACAUGUGUCUUACUAGACCAGUGGAUCUUUGGUGAGGUCAUGUGUCAUGUUGUGCCUUUCCUCCAGUGUGUCUCUGUUCUAAUCUCUACUCUAAUGCUCAUGUCAAUUGCCUUGGUGAGGUACCACAUGAUAAAACAUCCUCUGUCAACCAAUUUAACUGCAAAUCAUGGAUAUUUUUUGAUUGCUACUGUCUGGACUCUUGGUUUCACCAUAUGUUCCCCUUUACCGGUCUUUCAUAAAAUUAUAAACUUGAGAGAAGCAUUUAAUUUAGAGCCACUGAUGAAUAGUUAUCUGUGUAUUGAGUCCUGGCCAUCUGAUUCCUACAGAAUUGCCUUCACCAUUUCCUUAUUACUGGUACAAUAUAUAUUGCCAUUGUUUUGUUUAACAAUAAGUCAUACAAGUGUUUGCAGAAGCAUAAGUUCAAGAUUACCAAACAAAGAUGUGAAAGUUGAGGAAAAUGAGAUGAUCAACUUGACCCUUCAACAACCAAAAACAAAUCAAUCUGAGGUGGAAAUUUGUAGCAGUCGAAAGUGGAGUUAUUCUUGUGUGCGGAAACAUAGAAAGCGUUACAGCAAAAAAACAGCAAGUGUUGUCCCAGCUAUAUUAAGACGACACCAAGAGAGUAAUACUGGUGACGUUCCAGAGAUGUCUACCACAGAGAGGAGCCACACUUUACCGACUAGUAUCCACACUAGUGUCCACACUUUACCUUCAAGUGUCUAUCUGCCUGGAGUUCCCAUAUGUUUCGAGAUGAAGCCAGAAGAGAAUUCUGAGCUACACAAUAUUAACUCUGUAUCUAAGUCUAUAACUCGGAUAAAGAAGAGGUCUAGACGUGUUUUCUGUAGAUUAACUGUAUUGAUCUUGGCUUUUGCUGUCAGUUGGAUGCCACUUCACCUCUUUCACCUUGUUACUGACUUUAAUGCCAAUCUAAUUUCCAACCGGCAUUUCAAAUUAGUUUAUUGCAUCUGUCACUUGCUUGGCAUGGUCUCCUGUUGUCUAAAUCCCAUACUCUAUGGAUUUUUAAAUGAUGGUAUAAAAGCAGAUUUGAUGUCACUCAUCAAGUGUUUCCAGAUAUCAUAGUUCCAUCCAGCUAUUUGCUCUCUAAAAUAUAUCACUUGGAUCUCUGUCUGAAAUGUUAUGUUAAUUGAUGGCAUAUUUUCCAUAAGAGAGUAAAAUGGGUUGUUCAACUAAUGCUAACAUUACAGACUUCAUAUAUAUUUGUACAUGUAUUUUCCUGCUACAUAUGAUCUCCAUGAGGUCUAUUUCUAAUCUCUUUAUUGCGGUGAAAAGAGACAACAUUCUGCAUACUGACAUUACCUAAAUAUUAUGAGUAUUUGUAAUAUAUCUACAUAUAAGAUCUUCUGAAUUGCUUGUAAUUGAUCCUAAUAUAAGCCCAUCGUAUGCAGACAUAUGACUAUCAUGGACCAUGCCAUAUUUGUCCUUGUGUUUACCACUCAGUCUUUUUUUUAUUUUAAAAGACUCAUUUUAAUAUCAGAUCUUUAAAUAUCAAUUUUCCUAUUUAUAUGAUAUGGAACUUGUUCGUAUUUGAAAGAACAAUAUUUUACACUACAU